CUAUUUGACAACAAGUUAAGAAGACGGAGCAUUCUUAAAAAAACACUGGUGUUACAUAACUUGCUGUUUUCUGGAUAUCAAUUACUGAAUUUGCUGCUUGGUGUGGCUGAAGUAAUGGGCUGUUUCUUUUGGCUGCUGUUGUCAAUACUUGCUGUUCAAAGAUUUAAAGUAAAUGGUGAUCCAGCUGGCUUUGCCAUAAAAUAUGAAGAUGCAGAAACUCUUCUGGCUGGUUCUCAACCAGAUUUGUAUGGGCCUCAAUUUCCCGUUGAGCCUAAAGACGCAAUAGGGGGUCCAGUGAGCCCUGAGGACCUGCCAAACUGGCCCAAUGCACCCCAGCAGCAUUAUGGCCACCCACCCCAGAGUCUAGAAGUGUCCCAACAUAAAUGGUAUCAUAAAUACCCACCCCAAGGUCUCCAACAUCAGCAACAUGAUUACUUGCCCCAGGGCCCCUUGCUGCCCCAGGGCCCCUUGCUGCCCCAAUAUCAGCAACAGCAUCAGGGCCCCCUUCCACAGGGUCCUGUGGUGCCCCAACGUCAGCAGCAACGGCAUCAUGACCCCCUUCCACAGGGUCCCGUGGUGCCCCAACGUCAGCAGCAACGGCAUCAUGGCCCCCUUCCACAGGGUCCCGUGGUGCCCCAACGUCAGCAGCAACGGCAUCAUGGCCCCCUUCCACAGGGUCCCGUGGUGCCCCAACGUCAGCAGCAACGGCAUCAUGGCCCCCUGCCUCAGGGUCCCGUGGUGCCCCAACGUCAGCAGCAACGGCAUCGUGGCCCCCUGCCUCAGGGUCCCGUGGUGCCCCAACGUCAGCAGCAACGGCAUCGUGGCCCCCUGCCUCAGGGUCCCGUGGUGCCCCAACGUCAGCAGCAACGGCAUCAUGGCCCUCUGCCUCGGGGUCCCGUGGUGUCCCAACGUCAGCAGCAACGGCAUCAUGGCCCCCUGCCUCGGGGUCCCGUGGUGCCCCAACGUCAGCAGCAACGGCAUCAUGGCCCCCUGCCUCGGGGUCCCGUGGUGCCCCAACGUCAGCAGCAACGGCAUCGUGGCCCCCUGCCUCGGGGUCCCGUGGUGCCCCAACGUCAGCAGCAACGGCAUCAUGGCCCCCUGCCUCGGGGUCCCGUGGUGCCCCAACGUCAGCAGCAACGGCAUCAUGGCCCCCUGCCUCGGGGUCCCGUGGUGCCCCAACGUCAGCAGCAACGGCAUCAUGGCCCCCUGCCUCGGGGUCCCGUGGUGCCCCAACGUCAGCAGCAACGGCAUCAUGGCCCCCUGCCUCAGGGUCCCGCGGUGCCCCAACGUCAGCAGCAACGGCAUCAUGGCCCCCUGCCUCAGGGUCCCGUGGUGCCCCAACGUCAGCAGCAACGGCAUCAUGGCCCCCUGCCUCACGCUCUGUUGGUUUCCAAAAGUGAGCAACACUAUAGUAGCUACCCAGCUCAAGGUCCAUUGAUUCCCCAACACCAGCAGAAACGUGGUGACCCCCCACCCCAGGGACCCCAAGAGGAACAGCAAUUUGAUAUACUGCCAAAGGCUCCAGCUGUACUGCAGUAUAAUGAUUAUCCAACCAAAAUGUUCAAACAACAUCAUGGCGUCCUUUCCCAGGAUCCCUAUGUGGCCCAAGAACCUGAGGUGUUCAAACAGAAUGCCCAAUAUUCCAGCUACUCAAUGCAGCAGCCAACUAUACCAAAGCAGCAUCAAGGUUAUGCUCUACAGGUGUCCAAGAAUCCUGAACAAAAAGUUAUUCAACAAAACGUACCCAACGUAAAUGCUACUUGGGUAAGCGCAGGGGGGAGAUGAUCAAACUGCCUCAUGUUGCCAUCAGCUGACCAAGUCUGUCCCAGAAGUGCCACUACUAAACAAAAUGGUAUUGGCACAAAGCAUUGGAGUGUGCUUUAGGUUGCAAAUAAAAAAAAAUUAACUAUGAA